AUGGACUUUGCUAUGGGUUUCCCUCGAUCUAGGCAAGGGCAUGAUGUCAUCUGGGUGAUUAUGGAUCGAUUGACGAAGUCUGCACACUUUCUUUCGAUCAGACAGACGGAUCUGGUGGAUAAGUUGGCACAGGUAUUUGUGAAGGAAAUUGUUAGAUUACAUGGUGUGCCUAAAGUGAUUGUAUCUGAUCGAGAUGAACGAACUCCUUUGACUCUGACUGAGGUGGAAGAUAGACAAGUGAUGAGUUUAACUUUUGUGGAUGAGACUGUUAUGAAGAUUAAUCUAAUUAAAGAAAGAUUGAAAGCUGCACAAGAUAGACAACAGAAGUAUUACAAUCAAAAGCACAGAUUUGUGGAAUUUCAGGUUGGUGACUUUGUGUAUGUUAAAGUCAGUCCGAUGAAAGGUGUGAGCAGAUUUAGUAGAAUGAGUAAACUCAGUCCAAUGUAUGUCGGACCUUUUGAGAUUAUUGAAAGGAUUGAAAAGUCUGCUUAUAGAUUGUUAUUAUCAGAUCAGCUGGCUGAUGUGCAUAAUGUUUUUCACGUAUCCUCUUUGAGAAAAGGGAUAUCUGACUCUGAAAAGAAGUUAUCUGCUAAUGAGGUUGAGAUUCAGGAGAAUCUGCAGUACAUAGAAGAAUCUGAGAAAAUUUUGGCCUAUGAUGUACGCAAGUUAAAAAGUAAACAGAUUCCUAUGGUUAAAGUGCAAUGGAUGCACAGAACAGCUCGAGAAGCGACUUGGGAGAAAGAAUCAGAUAUGAGACAGUUGUAUCCGUAUUUGUUUUGA